ACGUGUCAGCAUGAUUAACGAGACCAUGUCCCUCGCAUUUACACGCUCACGUCCAACACCAAUCACCAAACUCGCGUCUUACACUAACUCUCUGCUCGCGUCUGACACUACUUCCAUACAGAAACUGCACAACAGUCAUGUUGCCUGUCACACUGGUGAUCAUCUGUUGUGUGGCCAGCAGCUUUGCCUAUGACCAGAGACCCGACCCAUGCGCAAUGAAGUGGUGUCCCCCCAACAUGGCGUGCAGGGUUCGGUUCUCGCGCUGCCUUCUCGGGCCGUGUCCCUCCCCGCGUCCUGAAUGUGUCCCCAGAGUGAAGUCUGGCGGCUGUCCCGCCGAGUCCCCGAUUGCAGGACUGUGUGUAGCCAGAUGUGACAACGACGCUGAUUGCCCCGGGGACAGGAAGUGUUGUGGGAACUGUCCCAGAGUUUGUAAAGUACCCGUAUCCACUGUAAAGAAUGGGGCGUGUCCUAAAAUCUCCCAGUGUCCAGACUCCUUGCCGUCUUGUCCCCUGAAGCCUCACUGCGGCACCGACCGAGACUGCCCUGCCGCCCUGAAGUGCUGUGGUGCUUGUCCCAGGAUGUGUAUCGACCCUGUGAGCUACUGACUGGGGAUGCACAGGUCGACUCGCUGCACUUUAGUACUUCAAUACCUGGACACAUUAUGUUACUGGCAACCUAUUAAGGCUGGUGAGGUGCUGUUCAAGUGCCUUCAGAGACUCUUCUCACACUUGCACGAAGCUGAUGACGAGAUACAGACCGACUUCCGACGAACGUAUCCCGAUCCCGCAGCCAGCUGCAGUUGCAGUUGCUCGUCUUCCUUUCGGGAAACACUAAACACUACGAGUUAGGUCCACUAUUUGUAAAUGUAUUUUUGUUUUGUUUUAUUUUGUUUUAUUUUAUCACAUGCAUUUGACAAAGUGGUGUUUGGUGACCGUUAUCAUCUCUUCACCGUCAGGCGAGUGAGUGUAUGGAUUCUAGGGUACACGAAGUAGUUGACAAAAUAUGUGUAAGGAGUUAAAAAAAACCUUUCCUUAUCUUACUUCUGUAUGCUACUAACACUCAUGUACAAUGACAUUGCUAUUGUGAUAUUGCACUUGUAACAGUAAGUUCGAAAGGAACUAUUUUCGGAAUUGCAUCCUCAGAUGCACCCUCAGAAACAAAAUAUACAUUUAUAUAUAUAAAGCUCUGUAUCAUGUUUGGGGGGCUCUUACAAGAUACAAAUGAAUCACUGACACUCAGCGAUGACUCCAGGUCGUAAGGGGAAGCAUGCAUGUACUGCCCUCCCGGUAGCACCUGCCACUCGCACAGUCUGCCUACAAAUGUAAGUGUUCGUUCCUAACCUGACGCCGCACAGCAGUCCUCCUGCCAUGCUACGACGGCCUGCAAACAAACCAGACAAUCAAGUGAUGGACCAGAAGAUCCAGUCAGAGAUAGCGCAUAUACUGAUUGCGCAAACUAAAUUUGUUAAUUUUAAAGUACGUUUACUGCGUAAAAGUGCAGAUAUUCUGCUGCAUAUAAGUAAAAAGUUAAUACCAUUAGUUUGUCAUUAAAUAGGGCGGUGGGGUAGCCUAGUGGUUAAAGUGUUCGCUCGUCACGCCGAAGAUCCGUGUUCGAUUCCCGACAUGAGUACAAUGUGUGAAGCCCAUUUCUGGUGUCCCCCGCCGUGAUAUUGCUGGAAUAUUGCUAAAAGCGGCGUAAGCCAAUAUUUACUCACUGACAUCACAUAAUAAGUACAUACGAGUAUCAUGGGACUUUACGAGAAAGCAGCAAAGGGCACCUUAGUGUAAAUACCAAACAUACUUCAGGGACAACCCAAUACGUUGGACACUGACGUUUCCGACCUCGGCUCCGCCCUCAGCAUGACGUACCGAGUUCCGUUAUCUACAGAUAAUCCUUCUCGAGUGAGGUGGUACACAAAUGUCACCUUGAAGAUGAGCUUGAGGAUAACCUGGACUUCUGACGGGAGAUAUCGGUGUGUCAAACACAUUUCCGAGGGCUCAAAAGUAGUUGUACAUUACACGAUAGCCUUUAGAUAUCCAAGCACCUCAUAGCUCACAAAUGAACAUGACAUAUACUUCUCUUUAUAAGAAGAGAAAAGGGAGCUUAUGGGUGCUGGGAUACCAUUGUGCUAUGACGUCAUACAGACGUUUGACGUCAACUUACUUCAGUGAAGGUCGCCAUGUGUGGUGUCAUGUAUCUCUGUAAUAAACAUGAAUUGAA